AGUAACCGCCUUGGGUGCUCAGUCAGACCAUUCAACGGGACUGUCCAGCGCGUGGAAGCGCCGUAUAAUCCCCGAGAGCGCAGCUAAUUGAAAACCGUAAGGAUGAUUGCAACCACGCAACAAAACAUGACAACGGACCUGGACCUGGGGGGCUCAGGUGGACCUCCACGGAACUGGAAAGGAAUCGGCAUUGCCAUGGUGGUGAUCCUGGGCGUCAUGUCUCUGGUCCUCCUCGCUGUGGUCCUUCUCACACCUGAUGAGUCGCACCUCUUCCUGCAGUCCCCCCUCACAGUGGAGGACAUUGAGAGUUGUGGGUUUAAAGUUCAUGACCCCUGUGUGAGCUGGCUGAACGAGAAUGAGGUGGUUCUACGAACCAGGGAGGGUCAGGUGUUGACCUACGGCCUGCAGUCCAACUUCACGUCCACCCUACUGGACAACAGCACACUUAAUCCUGAAGGUAUGAAGUUCAACGUGUCUGCAGAUAAGAGGUUCAUUCUGCUGGCAUAUAACAUCCGUCAGGUGUUCUCUCAGUCCUUCACUGCCAGCUAUGCCAUCCACACUGUGGCCAGUGGGGACGUCGCGGAGCUCACGCCACCAGAUGAGGAGACGGCUGUGCUUCAGUAUGCGGAGUGGGGGCCGCAGGGGAGCCAGCUGGUCUAUGUCUUUGACAAUGACAUCUACUACCAGCCAGAUGUGUCCAGUCGAGCAAUGCGCCUCACCUCAACAGGCAGGGAGGGACUUGUGGUCAAUGGCGUGACCGACUGGACCUAUGAAGAGGAGGUUUUGCUGUCGUAUAAGGCUCUCUGGUGGUCGGUAGAUGGUGCCCGUCUGGCGUACCUCACGAUCAACAACUCUGCCACACCUCAAAUGGAGAUCCCUCACUUCCUGGGUGGAAUAUACCCUUCAAAUAUCUUAUACCCAUACCCUAAGGCAGGCUCUCACAUCUCCUCAGUCAGGCUCUUUGUGGUGAAUCUCUAUGGGCCUGCUCACACAGUGGAGAUGAUCCCCCCAGAUUCUCAGCGGGCCAGAGACAGCUACAUCUCGAUGGUCAGCUGGAUUAGUAGCACUCAGCUAGCUGUGCGCUGGCUGAAUCGGGUCCAGAACCAAUCAGUGCUCUCCGUUUGUGAGGCGACUACUGGGGCCUGCUCUGAGAAAAACAAAAUGGCCGUGGACUUCUGGCAGACUCAACAGCAGGAGGUGCCGUUGUUCUCAGCAGAUGGCUCUGUGUUUUACCUGACACUUCCUGCCAAGCAAGGAGCCCGUGGGGAGUUCCGCCACAUUGCAAGCCUCUCCUCUCAGCCUGCUCUCUCAUCUGUUUCCCCUCGCUUCCUGACAUCGGGCAACUGGGAUGUCACCUCUCUCUGCGCGCUGGACGAGGAAGCUGGGAAAAUUUACUUCCUGAGCACGGAGGAAUCCAGACAGAGCCGACACUUGUACAGCGCAGAGUUAGGUGGCGUUUUCCUGAGGCAGUGCCUGACCUGUGGCCUCGUAGACGACUGUAACUUCUUCCGAGUCCAGUUCAGUCCUAACCUCACCUACUUCAUCCUCCACUGCUUAGGGCCUGGAGUGCCUAAGGUGACCGUUCAUGGCACAAGUGACCCCUCCAGAUACACAGUCCUGGAGGACAAUGCACCGCUGGCUAUUGCUCUCGGAGCCAAGCGUCUUCCUGAGACCCUGUACCAGACGCUUUCAUCAGACAGCUACGAUCUACACAUCAAGCUCUCCCUGCCCAGAGGUUAUGAGGCGGACCUUCUCCCUCUCCUGGUUAUUGUUGACGGUAGUCCAGGCAGUCAGCUGGUGACAGAGGAGUUCUCUCUGGACUGGCCGCAUGUGCUGUCCAGUUCCCACAGCACGGCCGUGGCCUGGGUGGACGGCAGGAGCAGGGGGGCCAGAGGCCAGAAGGUGGGCCUGCUGGACGCUCGCAAACCUGGGCCACUCAGGGUCAAGGACCAGCUUGGCGUGGUGGAGUGGUUGAUGCGGUUGCCUUAUAUUGAUAGCAGAAGAGUGGCUCUUUAUGGAAAGGCAUUUGGAGGCUACUUGACCCUGAAAAUGCUGGCUGGCACCAAUCAACUCUUCAAGUGCGGGGUCGCAGUGGCCCCCAUUACGGACUUCAAACUCUAUAGUGCUGCUUUCUCAGAGAGGUAUCUCGGGCUCCCUGAUAAGGAGGACCAUGCUUAUGUGGCGGCCUCGCUCCUAGAGGAUUCCACCAAAUUAAAAAAUGAGCAGUUUCUUCUACUGCAUGGAACAGCAGAUGCCCGAGUCCACUUCCAGCACAGCGCUGAGCUGUUGAGCCGGCUGGUGAAGGUGGAGGCCAACUACUCCCUGCAACUGUACCCCGACGAGGGCCACACACUUCGAGAGGCCCGUAGCCUCCAGCACCAGAGCUGCACGCUUGUCCACUAUCUGCACAACUGCCUCAAGCACGACCCGUCCCACGUCUACGAGGAGGAAGACGAGGAUGAGGAGGAAGAUGACUGAGUGCCACCCCACCAUUCCCCUCUCCUAAUCCCCCACCUAAACCCCCAGAGAGACUAAGUGAGGGCAGGCGAUGUCCCUCAAAAGCUGCCACCUUACUGGAGCCGAAGGGUGAGAGAGGUGGGGAGCCACUCUGCCAACUACUGGACCUCCUCUGGGACAGGAUGCAGUCAUGAGCCGGUCACCUCACUGGGGGGUGCCAUUUCACUCAUUUGUAUGUGUAUUUGUAUUUGUGUGUGUGUGUGUGUGUGUGUGUGUGUGUGUGUGUGUGUGUGUGUGAAUGUGUUUGUA